AUGGAUUCACGUACUAAAUUAUUUCAUUGCGAUGUAUGUUCCACCGAUUGUACCAAUCGUAUAAGAGUACAAUGCGCUAUAUGCACUGACUACGAUCUAUGUGUUCCUUGCUUUGCAGCUGGACUUACAACGGGGGACCACAAACCAUGGCAUGAUUACCAAAUAAUUGAACAAAACACAUACCCGAUCUUUGAUAGAGACUGGGGUGCCGAUGAGGAAUUGUUGUUGAUACAGGGAUGUGAGACGUUUGGAUUGGGUAAUUGGGCCGAUAUUGCAGAUCAUAUUGGUAGCCGAUCGAAGGAAGAAGUGGCUGAGCACUAUUAUAAAAUUUAUCUUGAAAGUAAGGACUAUCCGUUACCGGAAAUGGAUAAGGAUUUUACCUCCGUGUCGCCGUUGCAGUUCCUUGAGGAAAGAAAGGAGAGGCUAGAAAAGAGGCGAAAUAUGCCUUUGCCACCACCUAAGGGUAAACCAGCUGCCUCGGUACCCCUCUGUCACGAGGUUCAAGGUUUCAUGCCCGGUAGGUUGGAGUUUGACCACGAAGCCGAAAAUGAAGCAGAGGUUCCUAUCAAGGAUAUGAUAUUUGAUCCCGAUGAUCUGAUAAACGAUAUCGAGUUAAAGUUGACGAUCCUUGACAUUUACAACUCGCGAUUGACUACAAGGGCCGAACGCAAACGAAUCAUGUUUUUGAAUAACCUUCUUGAGUACAGGAAGAACAUAACCAAUGAUAAGAAAAAGUCGAAGGAAGAGAAGGACCUACUCAGAAAAGUGAAUGCGUUUAUACGCAUUUUGAGUCCAGAGGAUUUCAACACUUUCACGCGCGACCUUCUCACUGAGUUAAAGUGUCGCAUAAGAAUACAACAAUUACAAUCGUGGCGCCAGAAUGGGAUAACUACUCUUGAAGAUGGGGCAAAAUUUGAAAAAGAUAAAGUAAUUAGAGGCGCACAUUAUCAAAGGAUGGGCAACGGAGCACUCAGUGCUAGACACUCUGCAACACCGGGUAUCAAUGUCAACGGCAAAAAGUACCCUUCUCCACAGCCCGAUUUCAAGCCAAAAGCACCAGUGAAUAGAACACCUUUGGAUAUAAGCCACGCGGCCGAUUUUGAACUACUUUCACCCGAGGAAAAACAAUUGUGUGCAACAUUGAGGAUCUUACCAAAACCAUAUCUAGCAAUAAAGAACCAGUUGAUGAAAGAGGCAGUGAAAAACAAUGGAGUGUUGAAAAAGAAGGAUGCUCGUCAGACACUAAAAAUAGAUGUCAACAAAGCUUCUAAGAUUUAUGAAUUUUUUGUUCAAAUGGGAUGGUUGUCACAAGGGUAA